AUGAUAAUUACGUACAUCUGCUUCGGCGUUUGCGGAUUUACCUUAAUUUGGUCAAUAGGAAUGGUUUUUUAUAUUCAUAAGUAUUAUACUAUACGGAAAUCGUUUCUUGUUAUCUCAGUGCUCUUUAUCGAUUUGAUAUGUCCAUUAUUUAUUGCCCCUUCUGCUUACGUCACGAGCCAUGGCAUUGCAUGUUUAUCUAAAGGGUACAAUGUUGCGUAUCCAGCAGAAAUCGUUCUCGGAGGUAUCUCCUAUCUUAUCUCUAUUGUCACCUUUUGUAAUUUCCUCGCAUUGAAGUCAAAAACCGUUGUUUUUACAAAUCUCAUGUUCCAAUUAUACGAUGCAACAACGAUCGGUAUCUGGUUCAUCUUAACAACCUCACUUCUCAUCGUCACGGCCAUUAUGCAGUUCUUUAAACCAUGGUUUGUUCUAUUAGCGAUAUUAUCACACAUGUUCAUAUCAAUUUACAUUGCAUAUCGACUUAUUUUCAUACCAUUCUACACAUUAUGGCGAAAUCCGACAUGUUUUGCCUUCGCCAUCGUUACAAUUUUAUUAGAUAUCAAUUUUAUUGUAGUAUAUGGUAUCAAAAAGCUCCAUUAUGAUUAUGUAUUAAUUUUAUUUCUUGUUCUAUCAUUUGUUUCAUAUAUUUUCAGCAAAAUUUUUUUCAAAAAGAGGAUUCAGAAAAUUUCUGAAAAUUUAACGUACCAAGACGAUAUCGAAAAUUUAGGGGAAUACUUUGAUAGUUUAGAUGUUUGUAAGAACGAUUUGACUGUUAUGAUGUAUUGUGCAGUAGGAGUUGCUGAGUUAUGUGACUAUUUCGUUGACGGAAGUUUGAUUGAUUUUAUUAACGAAAAUUGUAGAGGUGAUGAAAGUAUUUUAUCGAUUAUUUUGCAAGUAGUCACUUACUUCCCAUCGGAUUCACAUAAACUCAACCUCCUUUACAAGAAAUUAGUCUCAAAACAAAAAUUAUCUUAUUUGAGUCGGUUUUUGAUCUUCCAGAUCUUCAAAGUCAAGACAAGAAGACUGUCAUCGAACUCCAAGGACACAAUCAAGACUUACAACAUGCUAAAAUCAAUGAAUGAUGAGUGCAGAUUAGCAAUUCAAAGUUUUUGGGACAAACCGACAGCGAACUCUCAUCUUACGACUCAUAUUAAGGCAAGGAUAAUGGCUGUGCAUGAUUGCUUCGAAUAUAUAUUGUUAAACAACCCAAAUAAUUUGAGAAUUACAAAUGAGUACGUAAACUUCCUUCUUGAAGUGGAAUGUGACUUCUCGAAGGCCAUAGAACAAGCCAUAAAGGCUGAAGAGAUCCUUGACGGUAAGAAUUUUAAUGUAGAUCUCUCAUUUCGUUCAUUAGUUUACAAAUUCCCGAAAUAUCUUGAGAACGGUGUGUUGGAUAUACACGGGAACAAGAUAAUGAAGGAUGCUUCGAGAGAAUCUAAUAGAUCUGAAGGUUUGGAGCGAAGAAACAGCGAAAUGUUGUUUAUGUUACAUGAUGUACCGACAAAAGACAAAACUACGAAUGAUACUGGUCAUUGCGAUAAUGGCAAUGGAAAGAAUGACCUUUACAUUGACGCAGAAAGCGAAGAAACCGUUGGAAAAAGAAUAUUAAGAGAUGCUAAAGUAAGAUUGGCUUUGCAUCACAGUAUAGCACAGUCAAAGCCUUACCAUAGUAUUCUCAUCACUAUUUUCACUGUAUUUGCUUUCAUUGUGAAUUUAUUUUGUUUGGCCGGAUUCACUUAUAACAAAAACUCACUUCUGAUAUGGCGCAGAGAUAAUUAUAUUGAUCUACAAUCGAUGGGAAGAUCGAUUUUCUACUUACAGUACUCGAAUUUCUUCACAAUUGUAGAUUGGGCGAAAAAAGUUGGUCGUUACAACUACUCGGAUAGUCUUUUGAAGAAUAUAUCGAUAGAUGCGAACAGAUUCACCCCUAUUGUCCAAUCAAAUUUAAGUACUCCUCAAUCUAUAUUUUAUUGUGCGAACGAAUCACGCGCUAACCUUCAGAAAAUCAUUAAGGCGGCCGCGCAGUUGGCGGCUUCAUCAAGCGUUUUGUCUUCUCAGUACUCUGCAUAUGAGAUGGUCCCUGAAUUACUCAAAAAAGACAGCUACAUCACAGAAUGCACAGAUGGUUCUCCGAAUAAUAGUUUCAACGCAUCGCUAAAGGACCAAAUCGUGUUCUUGGUCUUCGAAGCUUAUAAUUUUGCCGGAAAUUACAACGAAAACAUAUAUCCAGCCAAUUUAUUCAAUGACGAUGACUACUGUGAAGUCAUGACCAACAUGUUUCCUACAGCAGAUGAUUCUAUUGAAGCUUAUCCAUCAAUUUUUGAUUAUAACAUAGGAUUCGCCUCAGGAUACAACAAAUACUUCAUCGGCAUCAUGUAUUGUAUUACAUUUGCCAUGGGAUUCCUUUCAAUUAUCCCAUUCCUCUUCAUAUUAAUUUCAUAUCAGAAAAUGGCCAACAAAACUCUCAAAAUUUUGUUAUCGUUACCUACAAAAAUCAAAGAACAGGCCAAAGAACCACUCGCUCUUGACUACGUCCAAAAUUCCGAAUUUGGCUCCGGAUCAAAACUCCAAACUAACAAUUCCAAGAUAUUCCACAUAGUUAUUUAUCUCCUAUCUGUUGUUCUGUUCCUGUUUUUCUUCGUUUUGAUGACGAAAAAUACGAUAACAUUGAACAAUGAGUGCACAAACCUCAUUUACUGGUACUAUUACUCAAUGAAACAUACUGUCCUUGCAAGCGAAGUCGCAAAUAACGUUGUACAGUUCAUUCUUCUCUCAUCAAAUUCUUAUAAUCAAAAUGUUACAACGACAGACUUCCUCAAAAGCAGAAUUACGUCAACUGUUGAUGCUCUCAUGGCCGCAAACGACAUAUUGGUCAAUGGAAAUGAUGAUGUUGACACUAGUGUUGGCUGGGAUUCGAAUCUUGAUGCGAUACAAGUGAACAACCAAUGCGAAUUAGGCAGAGAUCCAUCAUCUAUCCAUGAUAUGUAUGCUUGCAGUUCCAUUUCUUCACAGUUAACUAUGUUCAAGAACAUGAUUGACGAAAUUAUUAAAAAUCCUUCAGAUUACAAUGGCUCCAUUGACACAGAAUAUACGGCAAACAUCAUCCAUUUGCUGCAAGUCCACCUAUUCCCCAGUAUUAACAAGUUUUCGAACAAAAUUGCAGAAUUAAUGGUUUCGAAUUACGACAAAAAGAUAUUGAGGUGCUCGAUUCUGUUGAUCUUUGGUGCAUUAUGUCUUACUUUAUGCUUUACAAUGAUCCUUAUUUUCAGGUUUUUCGUAAUUGAGUCCUAUCGGAUGCUUCUCAUCUUUAUUAAGCAUCUUCCACCGCAAGAAAUCAUGGAGAACAAGGACAUAUUGAACUUCUUCAGGGGCUACAAAGAGAGUUCCGCUCCAGAAGAGAUGUCCAUCUCUAAAUCCAUAGUUUACGGGGCCAGCGAGUGCAUAAUCAUCACUAACCAGUCCUCAAAUGUACAGAUCGUUAACCCCGCCGUAUCAGAAAACCUCGGAUUAACUCCAGAUCAGAUGCUUGGCCAGCCGAUCACCAAUUUCUUGCCACCGCAAGACCAGGCGGUCAUCAAGCAGCAGAUAGAACUGAUGCUACAGGGCCAGGGAUCAACGGUUUGGCAGGACCACAUCGAGAUGAUCAAAGACCAGGCAGGAAAAAUACCUUUCGCGGUUACAAUGAUCGGAAUGAAAGAUAACGAUAACGAUACCGAGAUCAAUUCUAUCGUUUUCAUUCUGACAAACGAAGAAGAGGAGAUUAAGAAGCGAAAGGACGCCGAAAUCGCUAAAGCCAAGUCCGAAAAAUUAUUGUACCAGAUAUUACCAAAGGAUAUCGUUGUUAGACUCAACAGAGGCGAAAAAGAUAUUUCAUUUACCAUUCCAAAGGCAACGAUUUUCUUCGUUGAUAUCGUAAAGUUCUCUAACUACGCGGCUGCUUUAAGUCCAUCAGAGAUCAUGUCCAAUUUGAGCUUGGUUUUCUCAACAUUUGACAAAAUUGUCGUCAAAUACCCAACGAUCCUCAAAAUCAAGCUGAUAGGCGAUGUAUACAUGGCAGCUGCUGGUAUUUUCUCCGAUCCACAGAUGAAUCCUUCGAAACCAGCUGAAGAAUCAGUAAAUUGUUGCUUGGACAUACAAAAAGUCAUGGAACAGAUCAAUGUCAAGCUCUCCGCAGGCCUGGAAGUAAGGAUCGGAGUCAAUACUGGCGGUCCUUUGAUUGGAGGAGUCUUGGGAACAGAUAAGCCAACAUUUGACAUAAUUGGUGACCCAAUUAACGUUGCAUCGAGAUUGCAGAGUACUGAUAUACCAGGAAAAGUCCAGAUUUCGCAGGAAACAAAGGAAAUGAUCGCUGGAUCUAAUUUUGUCAUUGAAGAAAGAGGAGAAGUAUACUUGAAAGGAAAAGGAAACAGAACGACUUAUUUCGUUAUGCACCAAUCAAGGAGUUCUGCAAGUCUUGAAGAAUCUUUCGCUAUUAACAUGUUUUCUGGUAAUCUCAGUUAG